AUGGUGAUGCAUUCGUCCACUCUCCUCGGGCUCCUUCUUCUCGUUGCCACCGCAUCCAGCAUGGCUCUUUUCGAGUCAAAGGCUGUUGAUGUUCCAGACCUUCCAGCUGGAGAAAUGGAUGACGAUGCCCAGUCAGCAGUUCUUCUGUUCAUGAAACUAUUCAAUCCAUCCAAACCCAAAUCCCGUCCACAACGUUCAUUCCAACACAAGACCUGCGGACAGAAGGUUCUCGAAUACACUCUCAAAAUCUGCGAUUCCUUGGACAUCAAAGCACCACCAAUGCGAGUUGCUCCAAUCUUCCAAAGUGCAGCUCAUCAAGCUUAUCAGGAGGAUCAAAUGGUUUAUGCAGCAGCUGUGCAAGAAUUCGAAACUUACCAAAUGUUCUCUCGGCUCGUACUAUCGCCUGAGAAUCAUAAAAUAAAUGGAUUCGUCCACAUCAACAAUCAGGGUCAACCCGAUGUUUCCGCCCGCAGAGCCGAUUGGAAUAGUUGGGCUCAGCCGGGAGAUUCAAUUCGGAAGUGUGUCAGAUGCUACAAACAGUUUUCCGAAGCAGAACCAGAUGGAGAAUGUCGGUUUCAUCGUCUUGGAAAGGAUUGCUGUGGAAAUACAGCUCCUUGUACUACAGCAACCGCCCAUGUGCACAACAAAACCUGCAUGUCAGAAAUCGGAAAGUUUAUCAAAACUCCUAGAAGCUCGGGACCAUUCGACGGUAGAAGCUACAAGGUUUUCGCAAUCGACACAGAAAUGAUUUAUACUGAAUACGGAAUGGAGGCUGCUCGUGCAACAGUUGUUGAUGUUCACGGUAGUUUGGUGGCCAACUUUUUCAUCAAACCCACUGGGAGAAUAUUGGAUCUCAACACCCAAUAUUCUGGAGUUACAGAAGGUUUUUUGGAUAUAGCUGUUUCAUUGGAAGAGGCACAUCGAAUCCUAUUCCAUCACAUAAACGAAAAUACUAUUUUGGUUGGUCACCACCUGUCAAACGAUCUGAAAGUGCUCAAAUUGAUCCACACCAACGUUGUGGAUACUGCAGUUCUUUUUGAGAGUAGAGGACGAUAUCCAUCUCUUAAAGUUCUCGCAAAACGACAUCUCCACAAAGAUAUUCACAAUGAAGUGGGCGGACAUGAUUCAACGGAGGAUGCAUCAACUUGCAUUGAGUUGGUGUAUCCACGAAUCCACCUCCUCCUCUCUUCUCGUCUUGCCCUUCCUUCUGGAUCUCGAAGGAUGCGUCGGCGUCAACCAGUGCUCUCUUGGUAA